UCUUUGACAGUUCUCUACGACACGCGCGAUUCAUGUAAACAAAAAUAUUGCACGUUCGUAUGGCCAUCGAAUCUUUUCUUAAAACUUUAUUAUAAUUUUGUGGAUUUACGAUGAAAGAACGCGUCAUAUCUAUCAGCGAAAAGAACUUCGUUCAAAAAGCGGUACUGGAGUCAGUGCGCGUUGACGGUCGUUCGUUGGACGAGUUCCGUAAGCUCCGGCUAAAUUUCGGUUCCGAGUGGGGCAGCGUACAUGUGUCGCUGGGAGAAACUCGCGUGCUGGCCCAGGUCAGCUGUGAGGUUGUUACGCCGCGGGCAACUCGACCUAAUGAGGGCACGCUGUUUAUCAACGUAGAACUUGGGCCGAUGGCAGCGCCCCACUUCGAGGCUGGCCGAAUGUCCGAGGUCGGUGUGCAGCUGAAUCGGAUCCUGGAACGAGCUAUUAAGGACUCGGGGUGCGUUGAUUUGGAAUCGCUCUGCUUGGUGGCGGACGAGAAGGUCUGGAAUCUGCGGGUGGACAUAAAUGUGUUGAACCACGAGGGGAACGUUAUUGAUUGCGCUAGUAUUGCGGCUUUGACGGCGCUGGCCCACUUUAAACGGCCGGAUGUUAGUCUCAAUGGUGAGGAAGUCGUGAUUCAUACGAUUUACGAGCGGGAUCCCAUUCCGAUCGGCAUCAACCACUUUCCAAUCUGCGUCAGUUACGGAAUUUUCAACAAAGGCAAACUGGCCGUUGCCGAUCCGACGUAUUUGGAAGAGCGAGUUGCGGAAGCGAAGAUUGUGUUUGGAAUGAACUCGUACGGGGAACUUUGUGGAAUUCACCUGGGAGGGAUCACACUUACAAGUUCUGAUCUGUUGCUGAAAACGGCUGCCAAGGGUGCUAAACGGGCCCGAACGAUCGUGCAAAAAAUUAAGGACGCCAUCCAGGAGGACACCGAGAAGCGGAAGAAAAAUAUUCCCAUUGGGUUUAGCGAGUGCAUUCGCUUGAACGAAAUCACCGCUCUAGCCCAGGAUCGGCUGCACAUCCGGUUGAAGCGAUUUAAGCUCGACAAAACCAACCAGGACGAGGGUGAUGACCAAGAAGAAGAUGAAGCACCGGAAGUGGAGAGUGAAAUUGACGAGGCAGAUGAACAGCAAGAGAAUGGAGACGAGCCGGCGGAUGAACCGAUGGAGCAAGAUGAAAGUGUUGUUGAGUUAGCGGAGAAUUCGGCCGUUCUCAUGCCAAAGGUCGCAAGCGGGGCAGAACAGUGGAUUCCGGAGGAUGAUGCGGUAGAGGAACUGGAAAAGUCGGCCGCUAAGAAGAAGAAAAAUCGCAACAAAAAGAACAAGAAGUCGAAGGAAGCGUUGGAACGGAUGAACGUGGUUCAGGUGUCCAGUGACAGCGAGGAGGAAACGAUGACGCUGACGUCGGAAGAUAUCAAUCGGUAAGGAGUGUGUAAGGUAAGGUUUAGCUGAUUGAAUAAAAGUUGUC